UUCUCGAAAUUCAUUCGAGAUAUUUUGUUGGUGUCAAUCGAUUCGUUUUGCGGCUGCCUUCCCUUAUAAAUUUCAUUUUGAACAAUGUUCGGUUGACUGUCGGGCGGAAUGGUUCAAAAUUUUGUUGAGACUUUUUUCUCUUCGAAUUGACAGGUCAGGAUGAGCUUGGGCAGGGUUGUGUUUAGUCUCGUUUCACGUGGUUUCCUCCGACCCCGGGUCCCUCCCAAGCCCGCGACUCCCCGUUAUUCGACGUCAGUGCCUUUGAUUCGGAUUCCGAAAAGCCUCAAACUCGAAUUCGUGUGCAAAAAGUGCCAGACGAGGAACUCGAAGUUCAUCUCGCACCAGGCCUACACCAAGGGGGUGGUGAUCGUGAGGUGCGACGGGUGCUCCAACAACCACCUCAUCGCCGACAACUUGGGAUGGUUUUCCGACCUGAACGGGAAGAGGAACAUCGAGGACAUCCUCGCUGAAAAGGGAGAGAAAGUUAAAAGGACACUCGAGCCAGACGGGAGCUUGGAAAUAGAAGAAAAAUAGACUAUAAAAACGAACUGCGCACAUGUUCAGACAUUGUUAAUCUCUUAUUAAAUUUAUUUUACUAA